AUGCGGGAACGGAGGUCGGUACCGGCUGCCCCGGCCCGCUGUAAGCUGGUGCUGGUGGGCGACGUGCAGUGCGGCAAGACGGCUAUGCUGCAGGUGCUAGCUAAGGAUUGCUACCCCGAGACGUACGUGCCCACCGUGUUUGAGAACUACACGGCGUGUCUGGCCAGCGAGGAGCAGCGGGUGGAGCUGAGCCUCUGGGACACCUCCGGCUCUCCCUACUAUGACAACGUUCGUCCCCUCUGCUACAGCGACUCAGAUGCUGUCCUGCUGUGCUUCGACAUCAGCCGACCUGAGACCCUCGACAGCGCCUCCAAGAAGUGGAAGACAGAAAUCCUGGACUAUUGCCCCAACACAAGGGUGCUGCUCAUCGGCUGCAAGACAGAUCUCCGGACAGACCUGAGCACCCUCAUGGAGCUGUCCCACCAGAAGCAGGCCCCCAUCUCCUAUGAGCAGGGCUGUGCAGCUGCCAGGCAGCUGGGAGCGGAGAGCUACUUGGAGUGUUCUGCUUUCACCUCGGAGAAGAGCGUCCACAGCAUCUUCCGCACUGUGUCCGGCAUCUGCCUCAGCAGAACCCCCCUGCAGCCCCCCAAGAGCCCCCCACGCAGCCUUUCCAAGAGACUCCUGCACCUGCCCAGCCGCUCUGAGCUCAUCUCCUCUGCCUUCAAGAAGGAAAAAGCAAAAAGCUGCUCUGUCAUGUGA